UUCUUAAUCCUCCCAUUGGUUUCUUUUUGUCCCCAAAUUUCUCGAUAUCUUUCAAAUCCAUAGAUAUCCUCUUAAUACACCCAAAUUCCUCGAUAUCCCUCCUACUCCACCAAAAUUUGCUUAAUUUUUCAAAAAUUAUUUUAUUUAAUUUCAGUUUAUACAUUCAAUUCCUCUCGAAAAAUGAUGAUGACUGUUAUUGAAUUGAAAAAUAAAGAUACUGAUGAAUUAAUAGGUUAUAGAUUAUUCUGUAAAGGUGCUUCAGAAAUUCUUUUAAAUCGUUGUCAAUUUUUUGUUGAUUCAAAUGGGGCUGUUGAAGAAUUUAAAAAUGAAUCUAAAGAACGUCUUUCACAACAAGUAAUUCAUAAAAUGGCAGAAAAUGGUUUAAGAACAUUAACUAUAGCUUACAAAGAUUAUAUUUUGGAUAGUGUAAGAAGUGCUACAGAGUCUGAAAUCCAAAUUCAUUCUGAAGAAGACAUCUGUUGGGAAAAUGAGCAAGAAAUAGCUUCACAACUUGUUGGAUUAGCAAUUUGUGGAAUUCAAGAUCCAGUCCGCGAUGAAGUUCCCGCAGCCAUUGCAAAAUGUAAAAGAGCUGGAAUAACUGUAAGAAUGGUUACUGGAGAUAAUGUAAUGACUGCUCGAGCAAUAGCUAUAAGUUGUGGUAUUAUUUCGCCUGGAGAAGAUUUUCUUGUUCUUGAUGGAAAAGAAUUUAAUAAACAAAUUAAAGAUGAAAAUGAUAAAGUAGAUCAAGCUAAAUUUGAUUUGAUUUGGCCCCGUCUUCGUGUUUUGGCUAGAGCACAACCUACCGACAAAUAUAUUUUAGUUAAAGGAAUAAUUGAUAGUAAAUUGAAUCCGCAAAGAGAAAUUGUAGCAGUAACAGGUGAUGGAACCAACGAUGGACCAGCACUUAAAAAAGCAGAUGUUGGCUUUGCUAUGGGUAUUGCUGGGACAGAUGUGGCUAAAGAAGCUUCUGAUAUUAUUUUGACUGAUGAUAAUUUUACUUCAAUUGUUAAGGUUUUUUUAAAUUUUUGUGAAGAAAAGGUCCGUGGAAAUGUUUAUGAUUCUAUAUCAAAAUUUUUACAAUUUCAAUUAACUGUGAAUAUGGUUGCCGUAUUAACAGCAUUUAUUUGUGCUUGUACUAUUGGUGAUUCUCCAUUAAAAGCUGUUCAUAUGCUUUGGCUGAAUUUAAUUAUGGACACUUUAGCCUCCUUGGCUUUAGCGACAGAAAUGCCAACAGAAGAAUUAUUGCAACGAAAGCCCUAUGGACGCAAAAAACCUUUGAUUUCUCGGACUAUGAUAAAAAAUAUUGGAUGUCAUGCACUCUUUCAAUUAACAAUUUUAAUACUUCUCGUCUUUCAAGGCCCUAAAUUAUUUUCAAUUUCUUCUGGUAUUGGUGCUCCUCUUUUUGCUCCACCUUCAGAACAUUUUACUAUUAUAUUUAAUACUUUUGUUAUGAUGACGCUAUUUAAUGAAAUUAAUUCAAGAAAAGUACAUGGAGAAAGAAAUGUUUUUAAGCAUCUCUUAUCAAAUCGAAUGUUUUGUAUUAUUUGGACAUCUACAUUUAUUGCACAAAUUUUAAUUGUUCAAUUUGGUGGAAAAUGGUUUUCAACUGCUCCUCUUACUUUUAGUCAAUGGAUGUUUUGUUUUGGAUUAGGCGUUUUUGAAUUAGUCCUUGGACAGAUUGUUGCAUCAAUUCCUUCAAAGAAAAUACUUCCAAAAUGGUUAACUUUCUAUAGAGGAAUUCCAAAAAGAAAACCUUCAAAAAAUCAACAAACAAAUUUUGGCGUAAUUCAAAAACGUCCAAUAAGUCGUGGAUAUAUUUUAUGGGUUAGAGGUGUUGAAUUAAUUGGAAUACAUUAUAAGGUUAUUUAA